AUGUCUUCUCAACACAUUCUAUUCACUGUGUUUGCUGCUCUGCUUGUGUGCAACACUUCAGCCAUUUUCUUCGGAAGUGGUGGAGGUGGUGGUGGCGGUUGUGGAUGUGCUCCACCACCACCACCUCCAUGCGGUUGUGGAGGAGGUGGCGGCGGUGGUCUCUCUCUUCCUUCCCUCUCGCUUCCAUCUUUGCCAACUGGAGGCGGCGGAGGUGGAUGUGGAUGUGCUCCACCACCAUCGCCAUGUGGAUGCGGUGGAAAGUAA